AUGCUUGGCCGUGCGGCUCUUCGGGGAAGGAUCGCUUUGAUACGCCAGGGGCAACGAAUUCGAUAUCGUUCUACUGCCCCUACCACAACGACGGCCGAUGUUCAAAAACGAGUUGAUGACGAUAUGUUAGAAACCAUUGACAUCGAAGACCUUCCACGAGCUCAGAAACGCUUUGCAAAACAGUUCGAGAAGGUGAACGAGGAGCGAAUAAAGGAGCUGUUUGCGAAGAAUUACAAGAACCAUAUCGCUAUGGCGGUGCUACUCUGCCUUGUCGUCGGUAUCUACUAUUACACGAUUCACGCCGUGAAACAAGAAACCAUGAAUACUGAGGAGGUUCCAAAAGUACCCGAAAAGUCCUACGAUGACGUGAAACAUACUCACAACACGGACCAUGCACCUUCUGAAGUCGCUACUAAUUCAGUGGAGGAAAGCAGAAAUCAGCUGGAUAACAAUAAUUCAACAUCAGAGAAGGUGUCAUCUACUCCUCCCUCUUCAUCUGUUGUGGAUAACUCAUCAGUCCCACCGCCUGAAGAAACAGUGGACAAAAGUACGACGGCUCCUCCUCCAACCAUAGUAUGCGACGAGUCAGUAACUAGUUCGCCUCCCAGUACCUCGAGAUCAAGCAAAUCGCCGGCGGUUAAAGAACGAUCUCCAGCUCCAUCACCGGCUCCUGUCCCGCCGGCUCGAACAAAAAAGAGGAAAGUUACUGAUUUUCGAUGCGCUGAAGUACGGUGGUUCUAUCGACGAAACGAAGCUGAUAAAUGGAUCAAUUUCAAUGGAAGAGAUUCUCUGUGUUUGGAGGCAAAAUAUCGCUCCGUCUUCAGUAUUCCCUUGGACGAUCAAAUGACUGUUGAACUCCUUGAACAUGGCUUCACGUUCAGGCAGUCGGUGGUAGUGUUGGAAGGACUUUAUAAAGCAAACGAUGAACUCAACAAAGUGGAGGCUAUAUACUGGAAAGGAGAUUCCUGUGAGAUAAGGAGAGGGACAUGGUUUCUUCAAGACUGGCAACCCUUAGAACCACCGGUGGCGGAAGCCAUUGAAGCGCAUCAUUUACAGUACUUCAGAGGUCAAGCAAUUCCAGAAGGGCUGACGGUUUUCUCUCCAAAGGAAACUAGUAAUAAACCGCGUACGGUCAGUUUUUCUCCCCAUUCAUGCUUCCUCUACGACAUUAUGCAA